AAUUUGCCAGUGCUGAUCCAGUUAAGGUUCCCACUUGUAAAAGUGCACCGUUAAUUCCACUCAACAUAGGAUGAAUUAGGACAAGAGGAAAAAGUAUCUUAUUCUUUUUACUACACACAGGCGAUGAAUGUUUGAGUCCGAGCAGUCAAGACCUCUUCUAUUUCUUCUAAGUAGUAGUAGUAUCACUAUCAGCACUAUCAUCUAAUCUGAGUUUUCUACACAGCGGAGGACGACCUCUCCACUCGCCAAGGCCGCCGAAAGAACCGAGAAACGGUGAAUAAGAUCCGGCAGUUGGUGACCAAAAUUAGUCAAACAAAAUGCCAAUUUGCUCAGCUUGACUGUGUACUGCCAACAGCUUCAACUUCAUCUUGUUCACCUUCUAGUUCUAGUAGUACUAUGGUGCUUGUCCCUGCUGCCGCAUCAAUGAACUGCGUCCGCGUUUCUGA